AUGGGUUUUGAUACUCACGAUGAGGAGCAGAUCUCUUCCAGAAAUCACUUGAGCGCGUCUCAGUUUCCACAAGGGGUCAGGUCCGAUUUCGACCCUUCCGAUGCCUCGCAAGACACUCUCACAAGCGGACAGCCGCCCAGCGUGGCACCAGAUGAUACCCAAGAAAAGAGCGUGGACUCGAGAAAAAUCAUAUCCUUCAGCUCCACGGAUCCAGACAACCCGUAUAAUUUCCCGCGACGCAAAAAGCUCUACGUCUUUUUCGCUGGCAUUAUGGCCGUCAUGAACAGCACCUUUUCCUCUUCCCUUCCCAGCGGAGCGAUCGAUUUCAUCGCUGCUCGAUUCAAUGUGACUCAGUCGGUCCAGAUACCACUUCCCAUAUCUUGUUUCCUCGCCGGAUAUGUCGUUGGGCCAACGCUUUGCGGUCCUUUGUCCGAGAAUAAUGGCCGGCAGCGAGUGAUGUUGAUCUUUUUCUCCACCGCAACAGUCUUCAGCAUGGCAUGCGCGGUCGCUCCGAAUUGGCCAUCUCUACUCUUCUUUCGCUUCCUAUGUGGAAUCGGAUUUUCUGGCCCGAUCGCAAUCACAGGCGGAUUAUAUGCGGACGUGUACGACGAUCCGAGAGAGCGUGGACUUGUAAUGGCCCUCUUUAUGAGUACCACCGCCGUAGGGCCAGCGCUGGCACCAUCGAUCUCUGGCUUUAUCGCUGAAAACACGUCGUGGAGAUGGGUGUUCGCCGUUGGGACACUCAUGGCUGUUGCAACCAUACCUGUUAUUGCGUUCAUGCCAGAGACCUACGCACCUCUGCUCCUGAGCCGCAAAGCAGCGAGGCUGCGCAGAGAGACAGGGGAUCCGAACAUCGUCGCCAAAACGGACGCCCAGAAGAAGGACUUUCGGUAUGUCAUAACCGUCGUCAUGACUCGCCCUUACCGCAUGCUGUUUCAAGAGGUCAUUGUCAUGUGUGUCUGUGCAUACUGUGCGCUGGCGUACGGCAUCUUCUACCUCUACUUCGAAGCAUAUCCAUACAUCUUCCUCGGGCCAGACUCAGUCUAUGGAUGGUCAUACGGCUUGGCUGGUCUCGCUUUCAUUCCCAUCGGUGUCGGGUCCGUUCUCGCCAUGCCAGUAUACCUUUGGUGGGAUUCUUAUCUGGCAAAAGCGAGAAAGAGAAAUGCAAAAUGGGCUGAGCAGGAAGAGUACAGACGGUUGCCUCUCGCCUGCAUUGGUGGGCCGAUGUACGUUGUCUCGCUGUUCUGGGUUGGGUGGAGCGCGAGACCUGGGACCUUUUGGUUGGCGCCUGUGACCUCAGGCAUAACUUUCGGGACCGGCUUUACCUUGAUUUUUAUGGCUUUACUCAACUAUCUUAGUGACGCCUACCAGACCUUUGCGGCUAGUGCCCAAGGCAUGGCCAGUACAGCCAGGAGCGUCUUCGGAGUAGUUCUCCCGCUCGCCGCGCAUUCCAUGUUUUCCAACCUUGGGAUUGCUUGGGCGUGCAGUCUGCUCGGGUUUUUGAGUAUGGGCAUGUGCAUCAUCCCAUUUGCAUUUAUCAGGUUCGGCGAUCGCAUCAGGGACAAUAGCAGGUUCUGCAAGGAGUUGAAGGAGCUGAAGACGAAAGAGGCCGAGGAAAAUGAGCAGAUGGAGGAGGAGCAGAGGGUGGCAGCUGAGCGGCGUCAAGAGGAUGAGAAGGGCUAUGGGCGUGGGGAAACAGAGCUCGAAAAGAUCUCUGAUCGGGCGUGA